AGUUUGUGCUUGUGGAUGAAAAAACAGAACAAAUUCAAGUAUUAUAUAUUUAUCUGUAUUAAAUGUGACUGAUCCACGUGACACCUGAUGAGCGCAUCAGGUGUCACGUGGCUUCACGAGGCCUCAGCAGGGGUUGGGCUGGUCUCCCCGAGUCAUGUGACCUGACCGGAACAGAAAGAGCAGCGAUGGAGAGAAGCUAAGGAAGGGACCUGCUCUGGCAGUGGCUCCAUCUUUACCCAGAGUGCUUGUGGAAUGGCAGCAGUUUGGCAGCAGGUUUUGGCAGUGGACGCAAGGUACAAUGCUUACCGCACGCCCACGUUCCCACAGUUCCGAACUCAGUACAUCCGCCGACGCAGCCAGCUGCUCAGAGAGAACGCCAAGUGUGGCUUUGAGCCGGGGCUGCGCAGGCAGUACCUGAGGCUGCGCAGUCAGCUGCUGGCCCUGCGCUACGGGCCCCUGUCCGAGCAGAGCAGCUUCAGGGCCAGCAGUGUGCGCAGCUCCCGCACCACACUGGACCGCAUGGAGGACUUCGAGGAGGACCCCCGCGCCCAAGGGGCUCGUGGUCACCGCCGGUCCGUCAGCAGAGGCUCCUACCAGCUACAGGCCCAGAUGAACAGAGCUGUCUACGAUGAGAGGCCUCCGGGCAGUUUGGUGCCCACCUCAGUGGCAGAGGCCAGCCGGGCCAUGGCAGGGGACACAACUCUGAGUGAAAAUUAUGCUUUCGCUGGCAUGCACCACAUAUUUGACCAACAUGUGGACUCUGCCGUUCCACGGCUGCAGUUUGCCAACGAUGACAAGCACCUGCUGGCUUGCUGCUCACUGGACGGCAGCCUGUCCAUCAUGACAAUGUCCCCGUCCCCUCCCAGUGUGAAGGUGACACUGAAAGGUCACGGAGGUCCCGUCACGGACUUUGCCUGGUCCCUGAGCAACGACGUCAUCGUUUCAACAUCCCUGGAUGGGACUCUGCGCAUCUGGAACACGGAGGAUGGUCGCUGCAUUCGGGAGGUCAGAGACCCAGAAUCCAGCGAGCUGCUCUGCUGCACAUUCCAGCCAAUGAAUAACAAUCUGACUGUGGUGGGAAACAGCAAGCACCACCUGCAGGUGGUGAACAUCUCCACCGGGAAGAAGGUGAAGGGGGGCUCCAGUAAGCUGACAGGCCGCGUGCUGUCUCUCUCCUUUGAUGCUCCGGGCAGGAUCCUCUGGGCUGGUGAUGACAGGGGGAGCAUCUUCUCAUUCCUCUUCGACAUGGCCACAGGGAAGCUGACCAAAGCCAAGCGUCUGGUGGUGAACGAAGGCAGCUCCAUCUGCAGCAUAUCUGCUCGGUCCUGGAUCAGCCGAGAGGCCAGGGACCCCUCCCUGCUGGUCAACGCCUGUGUCAAUAAGAUGCUGCUGUACAGGGUGGUGGACAACGAGGGAACACUACAGCUGAAGAGAAGCUUCCCCAUCCAGCACGGCUCCCAGCUGGUUCAUAGCAUCUUCUGCCCCCUGAUGUCGUUCAGACAGGGCGCCUGUGUGGUGACCGGCAGCGAGGACGCCUGCGUCUACUUCUUCGACGUGGAGCGCAACACUAAGGCGAUAGUCAACAAGCUGCAGGGCCACGGGGGACCGGUGCUGGACGUCAGCUUCAACUGCGACGAGAGCUUACUGGCCUCCGCCGACUCCACCGGCAUGGUCAUCAUCUGGAGGCGGGAGCAAAAGUGACUGAUCCGCCAAUGAAAUGCUUCCAUCUACCGCUUAAAGAAUAAAGGCCCUCUGCUACUCAACCGUCCACGUCUGCAGAUUUUCACUGGAAUGUAACAGGCGGCAUUAAGUGUUUAAUUUAAACGAUAAGUGCAAUCAGAUUGAACGAUAUGCUGUGUAGGUGGUGGGGGUGUUUUAGAGGUUUCUCUUGUGGGGGGGUGGGUGGGG